AGGCAGCCAGGCGGCGCUCCAGCUGGCGGAAGGGGAGCUCCUAGCCCCAGCCCAGAUCCUACCUACCCAGCCAGCCAGUCAGCUAGGAAAUCAGGGAGUGGAGUAGCAGCAGCAGCAGCAGCAGCAAGCAAGCAAGCAGCAGAGGAAAAGGCGGAGGGAGGGAGUAAAGAAGGAAAGGGAGGGGAAGGAAGGAGGGGAAAGAGAAGAGAGAAAAAAGGAGGUGGCUGGAGGAGGAGACAGCAGGGGGAAAGGUGUCAGAUAAAGGAGGGUUUUUCUCUGGUUUUAAGGCAUCAUGGCCGCUAAGUCAGACGGGAGGCUGAAAAUGAAGAAGAGCAGCGACGUGGCGUUCACCCCGCUGCAGAAUUCGGACCACUCGGGCUCCGUGCAGGGAUUGGCUCCGGGUUUGCCGUCGGGGUCUGGAGCUGAGGACGAGGAGGCGGCCGGGGGUGGCUGCUGUACUGACGGUGGUGGUGGUAGCUGCUCCCGGUGCUGCUGCUGCGGCGGCGGCAGCGGUAGCUCGGGCGGCGGCUCGGGGGUCUCUGGCGGCGGCGGUGGGGGGGGCUCCUCCUCGUUGUGCCUGCGUCUAGGCAGGGAGCAGCAACGCUACUCGCUGUGGGACUGCCUCUGGAUCCUGGCCGCUGUGGCUGUGUACUUCGCGGAUGUGGGUACAGACAUCUGGCUGGCAGUGGACUACUACCUACGGGGCCAGCGCUGGUGGUUUGGACUCACUCUCUUCUUCGUGGUGCUGGGUUCCCUCUCUGUGCAGGUGUUUAGCUUCCGCUGGUUCGUGCACGAUUUCAGUACCGAGGACAGCUCCACGAGCACUUCAGCAGCAGCAGCAGCUGCCACCAGUUCCUCUUCCAGCUGUCCACAGCCUGCAGCCGACUGCAAGACAGUGGUCAGCGGGUGGGUCUGCAGUCGGAGAAGGAGAUGCCGUCCUUCAACACCGCAAAGGCAAGCUUCAAAUGCCAGCAAGAGCUAUACCACCACCAACAGCAGCAACAGCAGCAGUGCCACCCGGGCCAGCGGAAGAACAGGUCUGCGUCCUGUUCAUAUCUGCAUCUGGCUCCUGCAGUCACUCAUCCACAUCUUGCAGCUCGGGCAAAUCUGGAGAUAUUUCCACACCAUAUACUUAGGUAUUCGAAGCCGCCGGAGCGGGGAGAACGACAGAUGGCGGUUCUACUGGAAGAUGGUAUAUGAGUAUGCAGAUGUGAGUAUGCUGCAUUUGCUAGCCACCUUUCUGGAGAGUGCCCCGCAACUGGUCCUGCAACUCUGCAUUGUCGUUCAGACUCAUACAUUACAGGCCCUCCAAGGUCUCACUGCUGCGGCCUCCCUUGUGUCCUUGGCUUGGGCCUUGGCCUCCUACCAGAAAGCCCUUCGGGACUCCCGGGAUGACAAGAAACCCAUCAGCUACAUGGCUGUCAUCAUCCAGUUUUGCUGGCAUUUCUUCACCAUCGCGGCCAGGGUCAUCACCUUUGCCCUCUUUGCCUCUGUUUUCCAGCUCUACUUUGGGAUCUUCAUCGUCCUUCACUGGUGCAUCAUGACCUUCUGGAUCGUCCACUGUGAGACAGAAUUCUGCAUCACAAAAUGGGAGGAGAUUGUCUUCGACAUGGUGGUUGGGAUCAUCUAUAUCUUUAGCUGGUUCAAUGUGAAGGAAGGCAGGACACGUUGCCGGCUCUUCAUUUACUAUUUUGUGAUUCUUUUGGAAAAUACCGCCUUGAGUGCCCUGUGGUACCUCUACAAGGCUCCCCAAAUUGCAGAUGCAUUCGCCAUACCAGCACUGUGUGUGGUAUUCAGCAGCUUUUUAACAGGCAUUGUUUUUAUGCUAAUGUAUUAUGCCUUCUUUCACCCCAAUGGACCCCGUUUUGGGCAAUCACCAAGCUGUGCUUGUGAGGACCCGGUAGCAGCCUUCACUCUGCCCCCAGAAGUGGCCACAAGCACUCUAAGGUCCAUUUCCAAUAACCGCAGCGUUGCUGGUGAUCGGGAUCAGAAGUUUGCAGAGCGGGAUGGGUGUGUGCCUGUCUUUCAGGUGAGGCCGACUGCCCCUUCCACCCCAUCCUCCCGACCACCAAGGAUUGAAGAAUCAGUCAUUAAAAUUGACCUGUUCAGGAAUAGAUACCCAGCCUGGGAGAGACACGUGUUGGACAGAAGCCUACGGAAGGCCAUCUUAGCUUUUGAAUGUUCCCCUGCUCCUCCGAGGCUACAGUACAAAGAUGAUGCUCUGAUUCAGGAGCGGCUGGAGUAUGAAACUACUCUAUAGAAAACUAACAGUCUUGAAGGAGCCAUGACGUUACAGUCCAGAUUAAGGGUUGACAGCAGGGCUGUGGCAAUAACUAUACUCUAUUGUAGAGUAGAGCAAGGAGUUGUAAAGGUCUUAGUCGGGCUGUCAUCAUGAUUAUCAUUUGAUCACAGGCUGCAGGCUGGGGGCUGUAAUACCCUUUUCAGAGAAGCAGCCCUCAAGAGUCUCAAUUCCUUCCGCUGGGGAGCAGAUCCCCAGCUCUUGACUCCUUGUUCCUAUCAAACUCCUGCACAGAGCUUUCAAUCAAAACCACAGGAGGAUUCUGAUGUGUACACGCUGCCUCCAACUAACAGGGCAUUUUAAUGGGUUUGCCUGAUCUUUACAUGAAGACAUAUUCAAUCAUGAUCUAAAUAAUACAACACACACACACACACACACACACACACACACACACACAUCCCAAUCUGUCAAAAUGGCUUAGGUAGUUUUUCAAUAUAAAGCUCUGUUUCUCACAGGAAGAAAAUGAGAAAAUAUAUUUCCUGAAGACUCCAGAAAAAGAAACAUUUUUUUUUGUUAAAUUGGUAAAUAUUUUCUCAUUUGGAAAAAAAAUAAACUACUACCUUGUGUGUCAGCCUACCAGUGGACAGCAAAUGAAAGUGCACUUGCACAAGUGUCAAUAUUGAUGGAAUGAUUAGUUUUCUAUGAAAUUCAGGAUUUAUUUUCAUUAAGAUUUUCAGUUGACAGCAUCCUUUUUUGACAGAAAUCCUAUGCAGCACAUUUAUGGCUUUCAAUAAGACCAAGGAGCUCCAAGAACUUAGUGAUGUAAAUUAAAUGAUAAUCAUGAUUCAGUAUUUAAUUGCAAAAAAAAAAAAAAAGAGCAAGAGAGAGAAUAAAAGGAAGGAAGGAAGGAAAAAAUGGCAAAAUCAAAGGAUGGGUUUUCCAGACUUCUGGAGACCAUGUUUUUGCAUUGUAAGGGGACAAGCAUCUGGAGAUUAAAAUGCCGUAACUUGAAUUUGUUUCAGGACGCAGAAUGCAUGGCUCUGUGUGUGAAUGUAUGCAGGUGCAGUGCGAUGAGAGUACAUGACAUGCCAUACCCUUCUAGUGCCAAACAUUGUCGAACUUCGAGAUUGAUACUAAUGCCCAAGGGACAGAAGCAGAGUAGCACGAGCCCUACGGAAAGCAGGAAGCAAGGACGAACAAUCAAGUUCUCCACAUGUACAGACAGUUUGGUUUAUCCCCCCCCCCAACCCAACUUGAAAGUGAUGUGUCUUUUAGAGGCUUUGGGCCACUCAUUAGUAAGUAUGAGCAGACAAAACCAAUGAAAUAAGUGAUGGGAAAAGCCCUUUCGAACUGCUGGAAGGCUUGUCUCUUUAUCUAGCUAACAAUAUGUUUGAAUUGUUUGUACAAAAAAAAAAUAAGAUUCUGGGUUUUAAAUACCUCCCUACAGCAAGUAAAUGUUCUCCUUUUUUUCUGUUGGAAAUGUCCUCCCUCAUGGUGCUUUUGGUUGCAUUAAAGGUGCAGGUCAAAUUUUAAUAGUAUUUUUUUUUAUAGCUGGUGCAGAGUGGAAUAACUCAUGGAUUAUUUCGAUAUUUUUGUAAUGAAAAAAUGUAUGUUACAUAUAAAAGAUGUUUCCUUUUAUAGACCUGGACUCUUUUAAAGCAUCCCAUGUUCUUUAGUUAUUUGGGAAAUUAGAAGGGGGUCCACAUGUCCCAUUAGCUUGAUCUCCAGAUAGAAAAAAAAAAGAUAUAUUUCUCCUGUAAGGUCACCUUGCUUUGUAGCACUGGAGUUCCAAGAAUCUGGCUAUGGAUUUUUGGUUUUUUGGUUCUUUGUUUUGGGGGGAAUUUUUUUUCACGUAUUAGGUGAAGAAGAAAUCAGAACCAAACUUAAAAAAAAUGGUUUGCCGAAAACUUGGAGCUUUUGGAGGAAACCACAUUUUUUUUUCAUGGCUAUUUCCAUCCAGUUCAUAAAUUUUUAGCUGGAAGGGAUCUUAUAAUUCAUCUAGUCCAAGUCUUCAUUUUGAAAACUAAGGAUCAUAAAAGUGAUUUACCCAAGGUCAUACAGAUAAGUAGCAAUGGGCCAGGAUUUGAACAGUGGUCUUCAGACUACUAAAAAGGAGACCAUAGCAGGAAAUAUGUUAAUUUUAGAUAUUCAUAUUUCAUUUUAAUUGGACUAAUUUGAAUUCAGCUAAAUAAUUGGUUGAUUUGCUUGUUUAAAAAAAUUCUCCUAAUUAGUUUGAUUUAUCUAGCUAUUUGACCCAAAAUCCCUUUAAAAUGACCAAUCAGUUGCACACAUAGCUUCAGUCUGUCCACAAACAAUUACUGGUAAUAUCAGUAUUUUAACCUUUGCCAAUUGGUAUGUAAUGCAGUGACUGUUAUCUCUACAAUGAUACUUACAAAGUAAAGUGACAGGGUUCCUACUAACCAGGGUUUUUUUAUAUCUAAUCCAAAAGCCAUUUUUAAUAAUAAACAAUUUUUAUCAAUAAAACUUCAUCUUUUCCUAGUACUACAGGACUUGCUCUUCUAAGAAACAGCUCUCCUAGAAAAUAAUAAUCACAUGUGUAGGUGUGAUAAGACAACUCAGCUUACCAGGAAAAACCCAGAAAGAUGCUGUUUUCCAGCAGCUGGUAAACAUUUAGGGAUAAGUGUUCCACCCCAACCAGUCCUUUCUAUCACAUUUUAAGAGAAAAUUAGCACUUUAGCCGAUAUGUCCCCUCUGGGUAUUUCAAACACUAAAUUUUAAGGUGAUCAAAUUCAGCUUGAAGAAUUGUGAAUAACAAAUGUCAUUUUUUCUACCAAAAACACAAAGCUAGUCAUUUUUAAGUAUCCAGCAUUUUAGUACAAUCAAAUCUGCUAUAUCUUUGAUGUCAUGAAUAAAUGUCAGGAAAACAUAUGAUUGUUAAACGUCACAGACCACAACAGACACAAUCAUUUCUUAUUCAAGUAGUCAUACCAAAGGGGUUUAGGAACGUGAAUCUUGGCUAGAAGGGACCUCAGAGACUAUCUUGUCCAACAGUCAUUUUAUAGUUGAGGAAACUGAGAUCUAAGGAGGUUAAGUGACUUGCUAAAGUCACACAGUGUCACAGAUGAUUCUCUGCAGACUUUUACCUCACCCAUUGAUUUUCCUGCAGUAAGAACAAAAUGACAAUGCUGUUAUUAAAAAAAAAAAAGAAUACUAUAUAACUGGAAAGUAAUUGAUUGGAUAGGUGAAGAAGUUAUAGUUAUAGAAAAAGACAUUUUUUCAUGGAUUAUUAAAUAUGGUAGGUUCUCUGUUUUCCAUCAUGGUUUGAGAAUAGGAUACCCUAUUCUAAUUAUAAAUCUAUAUUAUUUUGAUAAUUAAUAGUUGCCACAAUAUGAAUUAUAUUAUUAUGACAAUUAACAGUUGCCAGAUAUACUACAUCACUCAUUUUUGAAGAUGCCAAACACAAUGUAAUUAGAGCUAAACUGAUAUAAAAUGUAUUUUAAUCUUUUUGACAUUCAGAAAACACAAAAUUCAGGGUCAUCAUUAAAAAAGCAAGCAUUGAUAUAGAAAUGUUAAUUCACAGACUAUUGGAUUACAGAGAGUCUACUGUAUCUGAAUUUAAAGAAAUCUUUGUCCAUUUAAAAAGGUGCAAAAUUUGAUUUGUGUAACUAUAUUUAUUUCCUUUUGAUAAUUUGUUUUCAAUCUUCUAGUAAUUUCCUAAAAGAAAGUUCUUAAAAAUCCAAGAAGGGGUUAAUAUGUAAUGCAUAAGGCUUGAAUACUAGCUUGGAAGCAUCUGGAAAGUUGAUAGCAUUCUUUAAACCAUCUUCAUACAUUGUGAUUUGUCCUUAAGGCAUUCAGUGAAUAUUUGUCAUUGAUAAUACUGUUCAGCCACCAUAUGUAAUAAAUGUUUUCCCAACUUACUAUAAGUACCGAGUCCAAAUGUCAGCAAAGAAAACAUGGUACAAAAAAUUAUAAUUGUGCCAGACCUAUUAUUAUUAUCAUUGAUAAAUUUAUACUAAUAUCUUAAGUGUAAUGAUGAUCAACUCACCAUAUAUGUUUACCAAUAGAAUAAAGUAACUGGCAGUACUAAACCUUUUCAAAUGAACAGGGAAAUGAAAACUUGAUGAUUGCUUUUAAAAUAGAAAAAAAAAAUCUUUCUUAAAUAAAGUAACAGAGAAGAAAGGAACAAAAUGUGAAGUACACUUUAAAGCUUAUAGUCUUAGAUGUGUGUCAUUUAUUUCCAUUUCAUCCAGAAACCCAUUUUCUUGUUCCUUUUUCUUGCCUCAGCCCCAAAAUGCAAUCCUUGGGUACAUUUCACAAUUCUCAUGAACUAGAAAUGCCUGGAGCGAGCAGAGAAAAGGUUUUGCUUCAGUGAGCUUUAUCAGAGAUCUCUUGAAGAAGUGUAUCUUUUAAACUGCUACAUGUCAUUCUAGGCAGGUAGAAGAAAGACUUCUCUGAAGAGGGAGUUGUGGGAAGAAAAACCUCCUGGAGGACUAAAGUGGAACUGUUGGGGCCAGGGUGUUUGUUUUGAAAUGGGCCCUCACACAUAAGAAUGUCUCACUGUUCUGUAAGGAAUACUGAUACUACUGUUUGUAUAAGAAUUUGGGGCCUUUUUCUAGUAAAGUAUCUUCAUGUAAUAUCUUAUCAUAUCAUAAUAUAUGUCUUUUCAUAUGUAUCUGACAUCUGCUCUUUUACCUUUUCUACAUAAAGUCUUUGUAUUUUUCAGUCUGUAUGGAAAAUUCCUUAAAAUCUUUUAAAAUAAUAUAACUUGGCUCUUUCCUUCAGAAAGGUAACAGAGCAGUGUUGUCAAAUUCAACUACAAAUGGAUUUUUGUGGGCUGUAUGUUACCUUAAAAAAAACCACUUAUUAACAUUAUUUAUAUUGUACUAUAUAUUUUUUUCUUUUUGGUUGGACAUUUCCCAAUUAUAUUUUAAUCUGGUUCCUAGGGCAAUGGGGGUGGGGCAUGAGUUUGACAACUCUGACUUAGAUGAUAUUUAUGAUACAGAAUUAUUAUAGCAAAGUCACUAAUCAUUUCUAUCAUUGUAAUGAUAGAUAAAAGUUGUCAUAUGUCCAACUUAAUGACUGCAAUACAUCUAUUUGUGAUGAUAACAAAAAUGGUUGGUUCAUCCACUAGAUACUCCAGUUGUGUGUUUGGAUUUAGUUGGUGUUUGAACCAUAGAGUUAGAGCUGGAAAAGGCCUUAAAGCUCACCUACUUCAACCACCUCAUUUUACAAAAAAAAAAAAAAAAAAAAAAAGGUUAAGUGAUUUCCCAGAUUUCACAAGAUAGUAACUAGUAGAAACAUGUUUUGAACCAAAUUCCAAAUCCAACAUUUUUUCCCCAGUACAUUCCCUACCAACCUUUCUAGCUACAUGAAUUCAUUUCUAAACUGAGUUGCUUAAGAAGAGAUGCAUGAUGGAAAUAAUCACAACAUGUGUCUUUGAACUAACACACUCUACAUUGUAAUUACUGAUUCUAUAGUAAAAAAUGUGCAAAAUGUGGGUGGAAUUGUAUAAUAACACAAUGAGCCAUUUAAUUUUGCUAAUUGUAGCAAUUAGGCUACAUCAUAUGAAGCCUAAAAUGUAAUAAGUGGCAAACAGCCAUUUGUGCAACAGAAACAAGGAAGGAAAAUCUACUCCUGAACAUCUGAGGGAUCUUGCCAUUUCAUUAUCCAUUUAAGCUCUUCCUUUGGGUGCUACAAUAUUAAAUUAGAUCUGGGUUUAAACUCUUUGACUAGAUAACUGUCCUGGACAUCUUAAAAUUCUUUUUUUUAGGGGGGGUUCAAGGAGAGGAGAGGAGGGAAGUGUUAUGGCGUCAGAUAAUUACUUUAACAUUCCAUCAAAUGGACUGAUUAUAAAUAACUAGUCCUGUAGGCACUGUUAUCACAGCCAACCAGAAACAAACUAUUAAAUAAAAAUUUUUCUUUCAUCUCCCCCCCAAAAAAUAACCCUUUUCCAAUUCAAAUUCCCUUAUUAAAUUGAGUCUAAUUGAUUCUCCCACUGUAAUGUCUAGUGAUUAUUUUAAGAUGUGCAUAACCUUCCUCUUCUUUAGCAGUAUUUGCUUUCUUCACUUCUUAGAGAUGGCCUCCCUUGUGAUACACAUAUUUUCUGAUUACUAGGCCAUUUUCUACAGAAACAAAUGCAUAGGAUAAUAUGGAAGGUCCACCAUUCAGCUGAGUAAAUAUCACAUUUUAUACAAAAAAAUUAUCUAAAGGGAGUUAGAGAAACUUUAGAACAUCAUCUUCACACUGAUAAUGAGGCCAUUUCUCGAUAUUUUUUCUUCUUGUUUAAUUGGACAUCUUGCACUUUCAAAAUGAUUAUGUUUUGUAAGAUUAUCAAAAUAGCAUCUAGAACUAUUUAUUUACUGAAGUAACUGUGUAAAUGCACAGAAUAAUUAUUUAUUGAAUUGCAAUAUAAUGAAAUUUUCUCCACUUUCCUCCCCUGCGAUAUGACACUUUUUAAAUGUCUUUGAUGAAACAAAAGGACGGGCCAACCAAUGUUCCUGCUCUUUUCCAAAUCAUUGGGAAAUUACAUUUUAUUUUAAAUUGUUAGCUGUAAAAUCACUGUUAAUUCAUGAAUAGAAAAAUGUUAUUGUUGGGGGGUGUCUCCAAACCCUGUGGUAUUGAUGUAGGAUGGAAUUAAGGUCCAAUUGAUCAUGAGUCAUCCCAAAAGAAUUACAAGACUCAGUGACUCAGUUUCCCAAGUUUUAUUGCAAUACUGUGAGUGAACACAGGGAGGGACCCUGCCCUGGAGCAAAGUACUAGUCCUCUUUUCCCACCCAACCAGUCUUGUUGAUCUGUUUUGAUAGAUGGCCCAAUGAGAGAGGGAAAAAAAAACUUCAUAAAGACAUAUUAAAUCAGAAGACAUUCAUUUCUGUCGAGUUUUAAAGCUAGAAAUGUGAGUGAAUAUUAUUGUCUAGUUCAAACUCCUAAUGUCAUACAUGAAGAACCUAAACCCCAGAGGAUUGACUGACAACGUUUUGUAGAAAACUUAUGUCAGAACAGGGCCCUAGGCUCUAGACAAUACAGUCUCUGCUUUUUCAAUUAUACCAUCCGGCUGGGGUUAAUAAGAAUAAUAGUAAGGGGCAGCUAGGUGGCGCAGUGGAUAAAGCACCAGCCUUGGAUUCAGGAGGACCUGAGUUCAAAUCCAGCCUCAGACA